AUGCUCGCGUAUGCUGAGUUUGCUCUGAACAACGCUGUUCAUAACACAACCGGUGUUACCCCUAGCAAGUUGCUAUUCGGAGUCAACCAGCGAGGUAAAAUGAUUGAUCCAGUACCAGAAUAUUUAGAGCAAACUACGCAUAGCAAAGAUUUCCACGAUAUCGAGAAGAUUAGAUCCGAAGCGAGCGAGAAAACUGUAAAAGCGCAAAAUUACAACAAAACGUAUUUUGAUGGAAAACGGAAGGAUCCUCACCAAUAUGAAAUUGGGGACUUUGUGGUGGUAAAAAAUUUUGAUAGUACCGUUGGAGUUUCGAAAAAGCUUAUACCACAAUAUAAAGGUCCGUAUCAGGUAUCAAAAAAAUUGCGUAAUGAUAGGUACAUCUGA